AAAGAUUCAUUGAUUUUAGGGAGUCCUUGGAUGCGCCUCAGACUGUAUAUAAAGGCCCAGGAACCAUCUCCAGCAUAAACGAGCACAUGAACAAGGAACCAGAAGAAGGGGCACCAUUGCCAGAAGACAAGGACCCAAAUAUCUUUUUGAAUGUCGCACUAAUAGAAGACGACGCUUCCGUUUCCAAAGCUCCUGAUGUGUCCUCGAAGAUAAACAGGCCUAUAGUAAGAACAAGUCUUCAUAGGAAGCCGUCGUUAUCUUCUGCUGGCGGCAGGCAGUAUGUGAAGUUGAUGUCCCAGACUAAACCAAGACUGCCUUUGCGAGAUAGUAGCACAUUGGACAGUCUCCCAACCACUUUAGCUGAAGGAUCCGUGAUACAGACUAACAAAGGGGAGAUGAUGGCCUACAGUCUCUCGUCUGUUACUAAAGACGAGUCCCCUGGAAAGAAAAGUGUUUUGCAUAACAUUGCUUCAUCGUUUGGAUCAUGGGUAAGUAGGUUCAUUCAGGUAGGUUGCCAUUUUGAAGCAGUCCUGAGGCCAGUGGAUCAAGAGAAAGAACUUAACCCCACAAAUGUCAAGAAAAGGUUCCACGAGGUGGACGACGAGUGUUACAUCUGUGGAGAAAAGUUCUUGAAUCAGCACUAUGUGCGAAAUCACGUCAGAGAAGUCCACAGCGAAGAGAGUUCGUUCGAGUGCCGUUACUGUUCCUUUCGCUGUUCACUCAUGAAAGAGUUCUUCAAGCACUGCAGGGUCCAUAAAAGUCACAAAUUUGUAGUAGCUGUGGAAAAGAAAAAGGCCUUGAUAAAAAAAGACAACUGUAUAUCUUAUCAGACUCCUGCUGAUAUCAUUUCUAAUAAAAAGAAAUCAGGAAAGAAUGAUCAUAACAAAAAAAGGGAUUUAGAAUACAAAGUGGAAUCGAAACAUUAUAGUCAACAAAUCAAGAAAAUGGCCCUAGAACAGUCCACUCGAAGCCGUAGUCAGGGUCGAUACAGAACCCACAGAUGCUAUUUAUGUUUCAAGUUAUUUUCAAACAGUGCAGAUCUUGAUGCCCAUAAGGAAGUAUAUCACCAAGUUAAAUCAUCACAGCCUGUCAGAGUAAAAACUGAUGAUUCUCUGGGAAGGGAAGAAGAAGAUACACUAGAAGUUCAGCAGACAAAAGAGUCACAGUCAUGCUGUGAUGAUACUAACGAGGGAGUCCAGAUCAAAUCAGAGCCUCCUGACAUUACAGAGAAUAUCGAAAACGUCACGAUUGUCCUCGAUGAAUACAUGAACUUAUCUCAGGUUAUCAAGCCAUUGUGCAUUGCCUGCAAGGCUAUCAAAAACGACUUCAGAGAAUCUUGUAGUUUGUUCCAAAAUAUCUCGAAGCUUGACCAGUCGGAAGCGCUGAAAAAGUUUGAGAAGUUCUUUCCAUGUGCCCUUAAUCACGAGUCCCUUGUAGGGCCUUGGGUUUUGUGUAAAAAGUGCUCUGUGCUCAUUGAUAAAAUCACAGACAUGGAAGAGAAGCUUUGUCGAUGAAGAAGUGAUCUUAUGUCACGUCUGCAAGGGAAUGCAGAGGGCCCGUCUGCUUGUGCUGAAAAUAAAUUUAUAGAUGAUGGUGAUGAUGAUAAAAAAGGGGAACAAUUACUUUGCAAGCUCAGGAAAGAUUGUGCCUCAACUGAUCCAUCUCUCAAUAUUCUCAGUGAUGCUUUCGAUACUGAAAAGUACGUAAGAGAGAGUUUUGAAAUAAUGGAGAUAAUUCAGCCUGCUAAAAGAAAACGCAAACAUAAAACAGAAGGAGAAAAACUUGCCCCUGUGCUUUUAAGUGAUGACGACGACGAUGAGUUUUCCGCUAAUAAUGAGACUGAAUACGUCUCAAAUACAGAAAACUUGGAAGUUGAUGGAGACAAAAGUCCUGAGGAAAGUGUCAUGAAAAUACCAGUCAAUUUAAGUAGUGUCAAAAAGGAAAUAGCAGACGAUGGAGUUGAAAGGUCACAGGACAUCAAAGGAGCAAACAUUAAAAGCGAGCCUUUUCAUCGGGAGCUUGAAUCAGUUAUUCCCGAAUCUGGUAAUCCAAAUUGGACGGAAGAUGAGGGUAAUCCCUUAAAUGCGGAAGAACAGUUGAAUGAUGAUUUCUUACACCCCGAUCCUGAACUGUUUCAUCACCAGCUUUUAACAGAAGUUGACGGCGAAGCCUCCCAAAAGAAGUCGUAUAAAGGAAACUCCGACGAGGGUCCUGGAGGGGAGGAUGCUUCAGAGGAAGUCUGUCAGGAGAAAGUCUUACCUGACUUGCAUUCAGACCAUGCACCUUCCAAUUCUUCAAAGUUUGUUAACAAAACAGAAGUUAAAUCUGAUGAAGGAGAUUGCAUGGCCCCGCUUGGUCAUAUUCAAGAAGUUUUGAAAGACUUGGAUGCAAAGAAAGAAGACGUGGGUUUGAAAGAUAUUGGAAAUAAGAUGGAUUCUAACAGUGGUUUUGAAACAUUCGGCGAGGAUAUUGAAGCAAAAGAAGAAGAAAAUUCCAAAGUUUCUCAUGAACCGAUGCAGAAACCUCUUGUGGGGAAGAAGCGUGCCAGAAUUCGAGAGGAGAGGAACAUGAUGAGCUACCGCUUAGAAGGUAAUGUUGCAAAACCGUGGGUUUGCAGUAGCUGUCACAAAGGAUUUUCAACUCAGCGUGGUGCGUGUGAUCAUUAUGCUGCUUCUCACGGUGGUCAGAGCUAUUCCUGCGAGCACUGCAGUGCGUCUUACGUGAGGAAGAGAGACCUGAUCGGCCACUAUAACAGAGUACACCUGAAGUCAAAACCCUACAAAUGCAAGAAAUGUAGUGAAUCCUUCAGCAUGCACAGUCAGCUCUACAGACACAUGCACAUCGCCCACAUGGAAGAAAAGAAGGAACCGACUCAGUACACGUGUCACCUGUGCGAUGCUUCGUUUUCCCAGAAGCGUUACAGAGAUGCCCACCUGGAAGCUUGUGAAACCAAGGGCAGCGACGUUACUCCUUACACGUGCCUGCUGUGCGACAAGUCGUUCAAGCUGGAAAAGUACCUAGGUCUUCACAUGCGAAAUUGCCAUUCGGUAAAAAGUGACGCCUUUUUCUGUGAGAUUUGCAACAAGGUACUCAACGACAAGAGGAACUUGAUUCUGCACAUGAAGAGUCACAGUGGUGAAACGAAAACCUCUUGCACCAUCUGUCACAAGCAGUUUAGCCGCAAAGCAUACCUGUGGACGCACAUGAGGGUGCACACGAACGAAAGACCUUACGGCUGUAAUUACUGCCCCAAGUGGUUCAAGCAGUACAGCACUUGGAAAAAUCACGAAAGAACGCACACGGGAGAGAAGCCUUAUAAAUGCACCGUUUGCAAUUCCUGUUUUGCCACCAGCUCCUCUGUCUCGAAACACCUGCAGUACGCUCACUAUAAUAUCAGAGAUUUUGGAUGUACCGUUUGUAAAAAGUACUUCAUAAGCAAAGCCAAGUUAGAAGAGCACAUGAAAACGCAUACAGGGGAAAAACCCUUCAAGUGUCCUGUCUGUGGUCGGGCUUUUAAUAAGAAAACCAAUUUGCGCACCCACAUGUAUAUUCAUUCAACUAAUAAAAGAUUUAAGUGUGAGAUUUGUGGCGAGGGCUUUAUGAGACGAACAGCCAUAGAAAACCAUAUUCUUGAAAGGCACAGUGAUUUGGAACUACUCCUUGCCUCGGAUAUGUCAAACGCAAGCAAAGGCAAAGCUAAUGGUGUGACUGCAGCUACCUCUCCGUUUAUAUCAGUAAUUGGAGCGGAAGAUGUUAAUUCCGAAGACACUUACAUCGUUGUGUAUGCUGACGAAGAUAAAGAGGCCAAGAACUCGAAGGAUAUGCAGGUUACGGUAUUGGUGGAUGAUGUACAGUACUCUCAGGUUCGUUCUGCAAGCAAGAAACUGAAGUUAUCGGUGGGGUCAAACCAGAUUGAUAGGCCUUUAUCACAUGGCAAUAAUUCGGAAUUAACCAUCAAGGAAGGAGCUUCCAUCAGAGCGCGCGGAACUUUGCCCAGUUUGAUCUCGACGGAGGACGAGACAGAUUCAUCUAUACAAGCUCAUGACACUUCUCAGGCUGCAUACCUCUAAGUAAAAGUGCAUUAGGAAUUGAAUCCAGUCUCCUUAGCUAUCUAGAAAUCACUCAAAUGCAGGUAUUCAAAAGUAUCAUUACUUUAUAUGAGAUUUUCCACUGACGCUUUUGAAGUCGUUCGAUAUUAUUUAUGUCACAUUUUAUAAAUAAAUUAAAAAUUUGUC